GGGAAGGAGGCAGUGGUUGAGGCACAUCUGGGCAGAGCUGAGCGGAGUCGGACGGAGCGCGUCGCCUAGAGCGAAAACCUCCACCAUGUGGAGAGGCCUGGGGCUUGCCCUGGCUCUCUGCCUCCUCCCAUGUGGGGGAGCAGAGAGCCAGGUGCAAAGUACCCGGUGCAAAGAAGCUCCCAAAUGGCACAUAGGAGACCAAGAUCCAAUGCAGAACUCUCUGGGUAGAGUGACUGUGGUUGCCCUCCUCCAAGCCAGCUGAUACUUGUGCAUUCUGCAGGCUUCCAGGUUGGAAGACCUGCGAGUGAAAUUGGAGAGAGAAGGAUUUUCUAACAUCUCAUAUGUUGUUGUUAACCAUCAAGGAAAUGCAUCUCAAUUAAAUAUCAAAGAGCUGCAAGAAAAGGUUUCAGAAAAUAUUACUGUUUAUCAACAAGAACAAAACCAAAAAGAUGUCUGGACUACCUUGAAUGGCAACAAGGAUGACUUUCUCAUAUAUGACAGAUGUGGUCGUCUUGUAUAUCAUCUUGGUUUGCCUUACACCUUUCUGAGUUUCUCAUAUGUAGAAGAUGCCAUUAAAAUUGCUUACUGUGAAAAAACCUGUGGAAAUUGCUCAUACACGACCCUAGAUGAUGAAGGUUUUUGUAAGAAUGUAUCUUUGGUAGCUGAGGAAGAAACAACUACAACCCCUCCACCCCACCACCACCAUGGCCACCAUCAUCAACACCAUCACCAUGGCCACCACCACCCUCCCCACCGCCACCACCAGCAUCAUCAUCGGCAUGGGCACCAGCCUUCAGAGGAUAACAAGCCAGAAGGUUCUGAGAUAGCUGUCCAUCCUCACUCUACUCAAGGUCUUCAUCAUCACCAUGAGGCUGCUGGCCACCAGCACAGACACACAGAUCACCCAGGGAGCCAAGAAAAUCCAGAAAUCAGAGUUUCAGAGCUUUCUGUUCCAAGAAAGAAACUCUGACGAAAGGGAAUUUCUGGUUGUGCAAACCAGCUACUCUGAAAUUUGUCCCAAAGUUCAGGGUCAGCUCCUAGGAGCUGAUGCUGACAUUGUCGACAUUUGAUAUUUGAACAUUUAGGCAAUGCAGUCACCUGACAUUGUAAAGGCACUACCCUCCCUUCCUCAUGUAGCUGACAGGGGCAACGGGCAGAGGAAAACAUCACUGAAUCCUGACAGUGACGUUCACCUCCAGCUGCCUGACACCCUGGUCAGCAGCUUGAGCCCACAGAAACCAGAAAUGCUUGAAAAUGAAAAAAUAACGCAGGAAGGUGAAAAUGAUCCACAAACUAAACUUUUUAAAUCUGAAAAAAAAAACAAAACCCUCCAAGUUUGGACAUGAUUCCACUGCCAGCUAGUUGGUGGUAAAAACAAAUUUUCUUUAAAAAAUUUUUAAAUUUGUCCAUUUCGCAAACUACCUAAUUAAGAAAAAGUGAUCCUAAAUUAAAAAGUUGUGUAAAGAUUUGAAAACCAAAAUUUUAUUGGCCUCUAAAAUGAAACCUUCCUGCUAAAGAAAUUGUGACCCAAACUAUAGUGCCAGCUGAAAGGUGAUUGCAGCAUCUGGUUAAUAUGUCUUCCUUGUUUCUCUUCCUGUGUUCUGCUUGCAUUAAUGAAGACAGAAGCAUAAACUAUAACUUAGGGGCUUCUGUUGGAUAAUUUGCAAUCCAGAAUGGAGGAAAAACAAAAAAGACGUAUUUACCUCAUUUUAUAUUACUUUUCUUUGUAUCUUUUUAAUGCUACCUUUUCUAAGCUAAGAAAUUAAAGAAUCACACCUUGUAGUUCAAGAUGCAAGAAAACUUAACGCAUGUUAACUUUGCUAAAAAGAAAAGCACAUUACUUUAAAAUAACAGCUUUUUUAUUAUUGUGCAUUUUAAUAGUUUAACUCAUCUAUUUGAUUUUGGAGAGUUACAUAUAAGAAUAAAACAUUUGCAAUGGCUUGUUUUCUUUAUCUAGCUCUGCAUCAUAUUGUUUAAACAUUUGAGAGUGUUUCUCUAGAAAGGACUGGAAUGAAAGAAAAAAAGAUUCGCUUUUUAUUAGCGGGUUGUUUAGAAAGUGUUCCCAUAGUCAAUGAUGGUUUAACAGGUAAAUUGACUCCUGUGGACCUGAACUCUUUUAUGGUUAAUACUAAUAAGCAAGAAUGUUAAGUGGACUUGAAAAUGUGCUAAAUGUGUGGGAUUGUAAAAAAAGAAGAACCAACUCUCAAUAAAACAAUGUUUAAACUCU